AUGAGCUCCGUCAGCAAAGUCAAGGCUAUCUUAGUUGGAACGACGGAUGUGAAGGAAGAAUUCAACCACGACGAAGCUAGCGUUGGCCUGUUCAAGCUCAAGUUUCGCACUGUUGUUUUCGAGGCUGGAGGUAAACGCUUUCGCGUACCAUGGUAUGGCGAACCUGGCAUCGCCGCGGCUUUCCAAGCAAAGUUCUUCAUCGAAAACGACACGGGAGACGCGCACGGGUCAAGCGCGGAUAAUCCUAUUCGCCUCGAAGGCGUGAGCGACACGGAUUUCGCCAGCUUGCUCAAGGCGACUUAUCCACCCCCUGGUCACAACUCUGCCACCGCGCUAUCAUUCGACGAAUGGAUGUCGGUACUCAAGCUCUCCAAGAAGUGGGAUUUGGCGAUGACUCGCGAGCAUGCAGUUGCGGGAUCCGAUGCUAUCGUACAAACAAAGGAACCUCUUCAGAAAGUCCUCCUUGGCAAGAAGUACGGAGUGGUGAAGUGGUUGGAGGAAGGGUAUCGUGCGCUCAUUCUUCGCUGGGAAGGGCUGUCUGAGGAAGAGAGAAAGGCGCUGGAUGCAUCGACCCAACUCAAGAUACUACAUCUGCGCGACAAAGCCUGGGAAGGUCUUCUUCGCAGUGCAUGGGGCCGGCACGAUGACGCCAAUCGGUCAAAGAAGCAGACGCGCGCUUUGGGUGGCGAAAGCGAGCAGACUGCUGCGAUUCGGGAGGUGUUCGGCCAUGAGCUGAAGUCAGAGCAGUAA